GGCUCAAACUUCUCCACUAAUCCACCACGCAUCAGUGAGGAACAUGGGAGAAGCGGCUCAGGCGCAGGCUCCAGCUCCGGGGUUCUCUCCGGUCUUGAACCCAGGUUCUGGCUCAGGCUCCGGUUCGGUUUCUGCCCCCCGUUUGCACAGCGCAAUAGUGGAGCGGCUGCGCGCAAGGAUCGAACUGUGUCGGCGGCACCACUCUGUGUGUGAGAGCCGGUAUGCGCGCGGCCAGGCGGAGAUCACAGACCGGGAACGCGAGGCCACAUUGCAUCUGCUCAACAUGGUACAGCAGGGCACAGGGAACCGGAGGACCAAGGAAAGAGGAGGAAGGGGUAGCGUGCAUGGAACUGAGGGAACCAGAAUUAACGGAGAACAGAAACACCGGGAGACUGGAGACGGAGAACCGAGACUGGCCACCCGCAUCGCGCUCCAGGGUUCCCUAAGAAGAAAGAUUGAAGGACAGCCCUCCGGAUAUGCUUCUAAGCAAAAUGGCCACCUUUGUGUGGGUCCAACACCAGACUUUAAGCGUCUGCGUAUGGAGACUGGCUCUGUCCAUUCCGGUUCUUGUUCUGGGAAUCUCGGUCAGCCUCAAGGAUCAAUAGCUCUGGGUAACAGUCUUCGACGGAAGGACCUAUUCAUGAUGGGCCAAGGAAUAGGCACAGAUCUUUUUAAUGCUACUCUUAAAGAAAUGAAAAAAGAGCCAUGUGAGGUACAGACCUGUAGCCAGUCAUCGACAGAUCCGAUGAUGGUGUUCGAUUUUAAGGAUGAACCUGGAGCACAUAUUGACCCUGAACUCCAGGAUCUUUUUGAUGAACUAACCAGAUCAGUACCACCUCUCAACGACCUGGAUCUGGAAAAAAUGCUGAAGCAGGAUGACGACUUCGGUCUUGAUCUUGGCCGACCCAGCUCGGCAGGUGCAGCCAAUCAUUGCCCGCUUUUAGGUAAACCGAUCAAGACUGAGUACUCUGCUGAUUUUUGCCAGGCACCUGGAAGCUCUGCACAGCUCAGAUCUGCAUCUGCUGGUCCUUCAUUUUCCAUGGUCAGCACUGCUUCCUCUAUUGUGUCAAGUCCGUUGAACCACAGUCAUGUCUCACAAACAUCAGGGGUAAAUUCUAGAGGUGUACCAGUCUGGCCUGAGAUGUCACAUGCUGAGCAAUUGAAGCAAAUGGCAGCCAACCAGCAGCCUAAGCAGCAGCAACUUCAUCACCAACAACAGAGCCAAGUUGGAGGAAUGAGAAACUGGUCCUCGAGCAUGCCUGGACACUCUGGUUCCUACUGUCAGGACACAAUCGCCAGCACUGCUUCACUUAGCCAGCCAAGAGUAAGCACUCAGAGCAGCGGUCAGGGAAAAGGCAUGCCCAACUGCCUUUUUAAACCCAGUGGUUACAAUACAUUAAAUCCCCCAGACAUGAAAGCUCUCAGCAGUAAACCCAUGCUGCAAUUCACCCCUAAAGCAGCUACAACUGCUACAAGCCAACAGGUGCCCCACAUGACAGGGACACAGAGCAAACCAACCACACAGCAGCAGCAGUCUAUAGGAGGCCAAAACAUGCAAUUCCAGUUGCCUAUGCAAUCAUGUCUACAACCCAAGCUUCUCAACCAAAGGCCCUCUCUCAAUCAGCACGGUCCUGGAAUGAAUUUUAAAAUAAGCCAGCAAAGACAGGGAUUGGUAGCAGGACCACGAUUUUCUGCGAAUGGAUGUCUGGUGGGCCAGCAGCAGCGUUUAUCUGCUCCCAAUACUCAGCAGAUAAAUGGCAACAAAGGCCAGAGACAGCUAAGUCAAGCUCAGCACCACACCAGCGAUACAGAGAAGUGCAACCCACAAGAUCAGUUUAAGAGGCACCUGACACGGCCUCCACCUGACUACAAACAACCGCAAGGUGUAGGUGGCCUGCAGCAUCCAAACUUGUACUCAGGUCUGGCAUCGUCCUCAAUCACCAGUAACAGCUCGGAUCAGAGUGACCCAAUCCAAUCUCUCUCGUGCCAUUUAUCCAACGGCCAAGGCGUCAAACUGGCACCCAGCUCUGGAGACAGGAUGUUCCAUGGUAGAUCAGAUUCUCAUCCAGCACCUCUGGACGUUCAGAGCUGUGCAAGCCAGUUACACCAACCCAACAACCAGGUCCAAAUUGGGAUGCAUCAAAACAAACCCCAGUUCCAGGGCAUUGUCUCAAAUACGCAGCACGCAAGAACCAGCGCUAGCCAAGAUGCAAUACUUAGCCAUGGACUGGGAGGCAUGACCACUACUGCAGGCAGGGAGACUGGCAUGAGCUGGGGAAAUGUUCCAAAGCAACUAGAUGUAAAGAGACUUCCAGGCAUGGUGCCAACUCAGGGUGCACAAACUGAUGCCCACUUCCAGAGACCCAUGUGUCCUCCAAAUCAGGUAGUGACCCAUUCCAGACUGAUAAAUUUAAAUCCAGGACUAAGUAGUUCUGCUCCCAGAACCAGCCAGCCUGGUAUCAGUGGACUAAAUCAAUCGUCUCCCACGCAGCAGGGGUGCAUGAACACUUUUGGUAGCACAGCCCAAAGUCCAGGGGGCUAUCAAAACAACCGCGCGGGACAUAUCACGUUUGAUUUUCUGCAGGAUGGAGAUAACACAGUGCCGGGAAUCAAUACAGACUCGGAUUUUAUUGACUCUCUGCUCAAGUCGGGUUCAAGCAAUGAUGACUGGAUGACGGAUAUAAACCUAGAAGAGAUUCUGGGUAGUCAUUCAUGAACAAGAGAUCAGGCAAAGUGAGGAAAAUAAAUG